AUGAAUAAUUCUUUUGAACUUCCAGGUGUUUGUUCGCAGGAUUGCCUCAAUGGUGGCUUUUGCAAUGGGGAUGAUACAUGUGACUGUAGUGAACGUCAAGCUAAUAGCAGUCGUUGUCAGACUGUUCCAAAUCUUGGCAAAGAUAGAGGAGGAAUAUGCAGAUCAUGGGGCCAAUACCACUUUGAAACCUUUGAUGGCCUCUAUUUUUAUUUUCCUGGAAAAUGCUCAUAUAUUCUUGCUAAAGACUGUCAUGCGACUCAGCCUCAGUACAUGGUAGAGGUACAUAACAGUGAUGAAUGUGCAUCUUCACACUAUUCUUGUUCAAGAUCUAUAAGCUUGUUUUUUCCAAAUGAAGAGGAAAUAACUAUUCUGGGUCAUUCAGUUUCAAAAGGAGGAAUCAGAUUACCAUUGCCUCAGACUGUUAGGCAUGCAUUCUUUGAAAGGCUGGCUGAUUACAUUCUUGUGAAAACAACUUUCGGAUUCUCCUUAGCUUGGGAUGGAUUCUCUGGUGUUUAUGUGAAGCUGACAGAAGAGCAUAAAGGCAAACCCUGUGGUCUGUGUGGUAAUUUCAAUGGCGAUAUGUCUGAUGAUCUCAAUACAAGCUAUAGCAUGCUGACUGAAGAUGUUGCAAUCUUUGGAAAUAGCUGGAUGUCACAGUCUCCUUCUGAUGCCCCUUGUGCAUCUGUUUUGCUUGACUUCCACAGUCCAUGUCGAGGCAAAGGAGCAAUGAUUAAUGUUAGUGAUAUCAUUGCAAAGUGUGAAGUUCUAAUGGGGUUUCCCUUCUUUACCUGUCGUGAAUACGUUCAGCCUAAUCCCUAUAUUGCCAGUUGUAUCAAUGAUCUGUGCAUGAUGGACGACAGUGAAACACAUUGUCGUGCAAUUACAGAGUACGCCAGGGCAUGCUCUCAUGCAGGCUACCCUUUAAUGGAUUGGAGAGAUGAUUUUCCUACUUGUACUGAUCAGUGUGAAGAUAGCUUUGUUCACCGUGACUGUAUUAGUUGCUGCCCACCCACUUGCACAUUUGAAAAGGAAUGCUUGGGGAGUAGCCUGCACUGCCUAGAUGGUUGUUACUGUCCAGAUGGACUUAUCAUGGAGAAUGGAACCUGCAUAUCUGUGUCGACCUGCCCAUGCAUAUACCAUGGUACAGUCUAUCCAAUUGGAUCUCAUUUGCAAGAGGGCUGCAAUAUGUGCGUUUGCAGUGGCGGUGUUUGGAACUGUACAGACAAUGAUUGUCCAGCUGAAUGCUCAGUCACAGGAGACAUGCAUUUUACUACAUUUGAUGGUCGGAUUUUUACAUUUCUUGGCACAUGCCAAUACAUCUUUGCAAAGAGCCACAGGAGUAACAAGUUCACAGUGACUUUACAGAAUGUGCCUUGUGGUCAGAAUCUGGACCACAGUUGCAUUCAGUCAAUAACUUUAAUCAUCGAAGGUGAUACAAAUAACCAAAUAACCCUAAUGAGAUCAGGAGAAAUACACCUUGGCAACCAACAAGCAAUUAGCCUCCCAUAUCAAAACGGAAUAUUUGAAAUACGUAGAUUAUCAUCUAUAUUUCUGCAAGUGAAAAUAAACUUUGGUCUCUCGAUGCAGUUUGAUAAAGAAGGUGGAAGGUUAUAUCUCCAGCUUGAUAAUAGUUGGAGAGGAAACACAGUGGGCCUAUGUGGAACAUACAAUGGAAACUUACGAGAUGACUUCCUUUCCCCUGUAGGUAUGAUUGAAGGUACUCCACAGUUACAUGCCAAUGCAUGGAAGAUUUCAUCAGCUUGUGAAACUCCAAUAAAUAUCCCCUUGGUUGAUCCCUGUGAUACUAAUCAACAGAAUGCUUUAUAUUCAUCAACGAUGUGUAACAUUCUCAAUCAAGAACUCUUUGCACCGUGCCAUUCAUUUGUGAAUCCCAGCCCUUAUUAUCAGCAGUGUCGCUAUGAUGCUUGCAAAUGUGGUAGUUUAUGCAUGUGUACAGCCCUUGCACACUAUGCUUAUCUUUGUGCCAAACACAAGGUUCACAUUGACUUCAGAUCAGAGGCAUCAGAUUGUGGUAUCAUCUGCCCAGCUAAUAUGUUAUACCAUAUUUGUUCCUCCUCUUGUGGGCGGACUUGCCAGUCACUUUCUGUAAGUGAAGUUUGUGGUGAUGAUUGUGCGGAAGGCUGCAACUGCCCCAAUGGAACAUUCUAUGAUGAGAUAUUGCGUCGCUGUGUCAUGCAAUCUCAGUGUUCCUGUCACUUUAUGGGAGGAAUAUUUCAGGCAGGAGAAGUCACGUACAGUAACUCAGGACCAUGCUUGUGUAGGAAUGGGAGGGUGACGUGUACACCUGUGGAGCCAGAACCUGAACCUGUGGAGUGUCCUAACAAUAAGAGAUACUUCGACUGUACAGAUCCUCAACCUGGCCUACCUUGGACGGGAGCAGCGUGUGAAGUCACUUGUGAAAACCUUAUGAUGAAUAUUACUUGUUCACCCAUGACUCCAUGUAUUUCAGGUUGUGUUUGUCCUCCUGGGUUCAUUAAACAUGGUGAAGAUUGUUAUUUGUCUGAAAAUUGUCCAUGCAGUUGGAAAGGUCAGGAAUAUUUACCAGGUGAAGUGGUUUCUACAGAAUGUUACACCUGUGUUUGCCUACAAGGAGUUUUUAACUGCACAUACCACCCAUGUCCCGCAGUAUGCACCAUCUACAGUGAUCGCCAUUAUCGUAGUUUUGAUGGAUUGGAAUAUGAUUAUGUCAGUGACUGCCAAGUAUACCUCAUGAAGAGCACUGGCAAUUUGAAUGUUUCAAUAACUACUCAGAAUGUGGAUUGCUAUGAUAGUGGAAUCAUUUGUAUGAAGUCCCUCAUGAUAUCUGUUGGAGGCACCCAUCUUUACUUCAAUGAUAAUUCUGGCAAGCCAAGUUUAUCUGGGGUAAGGAGAGCAGUACCUGAUUUUCAGCUCUGGAAGGCAGGUUACUACUCAGUGGUACACUAUCCAGUGCAAGAGAUUACAGUGUUUUGGGAUAGGAAGACAACUGUACAUAUUCAAGCUGGACCUCAGUGGCAAGGUAAAAUGACAGGUUUGUGUGGAAAUUUUGACCAAAAUACUGCAAAUGACAUGACUACAUCAAACAACAUGGAAGUGAGCAAUGCUCAAGCUUUUGGAGAUAGCUGGGCUCUUGGACAGUGUGUGAGUAGAAAUGGUAUCACCAGGCCAUGUGAAGCUGACUUAAUCAGGCAGCCAUUUGCAAAGAGAGAGUGUGCUAUUCUGUACAGUGAUGUUUUUGCUCCUUGUCAUAACGUGGUCGACGUUACCUGGUUUUAUAAAAAUUGUCUGACAGACACGUGUAACUGUAACCGUGGUGGAGACUGUGAAUGUUUUUGUACCAGUGUUGCAGCAUAUGCACAUACCUGCUGUCAAAAAGGAGUCUCAAUUAAUUGGAGAUCACCCAGUAUUUGCCCUGUUGACUGUGAAUAUUACAAUCGAGAUCUCGGAGAAGGACCGUUUAUGCUCAUUAACUAUUUAUGCAAUGACACUGUUAUUGCAAACAACAAGAUCACUGGGGACAUUGUACCUUUGCAAAUAAACAGUGCUGGACAGGAUAUUGUAAUGAAUUUCAUGAUUACACCUGGACUAUACAAGGCAAAGCAGUCAAAAUUGCCAGUUGUUUCGCUUGAGUCUGCUGAAAGACCCAAUUACUUCAUACACGUUGAUGAAGAUGAUAAUCUUCACUUAGAGCAAUGGGAAGACAAUCAACGUUUCCACAAGGAUGCUUCAUUUAUCCAUCACAGAAGCAACUGGAUCCCAGGCUACAGUACAUUUGAACUCUACAGCAGGAAGGGCUUUUUUAUCACUUUGACACCAUCGGCUGUUAAAGUAGUACAGUAUGACUAUUCUGAAUCAUUUAAACUUUCAAGCAGCUUCAGAAUUGAAGAAAGCAGCAUGGUUAUACCAUACAGAACAAUGUGUGAAUAUAGAUAUGAGGUCUGCGCUAGUCCUUGCAUUAAAACAUGCAGUGACCCUCAUGCAAUAGCCUGCAAAUUUCUUUCACCGGUUGAAGGAUGUUUGGUGCAUUGUCCAAAGAACAUGCUUCUUGACGAAGCCACACACAGAUGUGUUUACCUGGAGGACUGUAUUAAUGUCACUGCAACCGAUUUACCUUAUAUAUUGCCACCUACAACAACACCUGUGAUGACAGAGAAAGUAUACAGUUCACUCACAACAGUAGUGUCUCCAACAGUAGGACAGAAAACAACUGCCAUUUCAGACCAAUAUGCAAGUAUAUCAAUUCCACUGACAACGGUUCCAGUCACCACAACAUCCUCAGUAACCACCUCAACAUCAGCUUACGCAACAUCUUCUACAGCUACAGAACCUACACAUUUAAGUUCUACAAUGACCAUCUCAACCUCUGUUGAAAGUUCCAGAACAACAAGAACCACAGCAGCAGCUACAAGUCAAUCUAGAACCCCCAUUUAUACUACAGAAAAAGUAUUGUCUUCCACUUCAAGUGGUACUUUAUUAACCACUGCUCCAAGCAACAUAUCUGACAGGAUUACUUUCUCAACACAUAGUACAGCAUCUACAGCUCAGGCAACAACAUCAUCAAUUCAAUACAGUACACUCACUGAGAGUACAAAAAUCACAACAGUACAACAAACAACUGUGGGGAAGACUGAAAUAUCAACAGAAGAGGUCACCAGACGCUCUGUUACACCACUUACAACAACCAGUGUUACAUUGCCUCCUGAAUCAAGUGUUGGAACUGGGGCAGCACAAAUCAUACAAUCAACAGCAGUGACUUCUCCAGUUACUUUCUCAUCUACACGUGCUCAAGAGAAAACGACAUCAGAAGCAACCUCCGCGUCACAGACUUUUCCAUUGAAUCUGACAUCAACUACUUCAGCAGCUACAAUCAGUCCUCAAUCAGAAACUGCAAUUUCAUUUGGUAUCUCAGCUGCACCCUCUUAUUCCCAAACUGCAGCUCCAUCAGUGACACCACCACAAUGCAUAUGCCCUUUUAAUAUAACACAGCCAAGUUGUGGAUUUCUGGGAAUGCCUAUCCAAAUAAACAAAGACAGGUGUUGUCCACAGUGGGAGUGUCCCUGCCGCUGCUCCAUGUUUUCUGACCUGCAUAUCAUUACAUUUGAUGGCAAUGAUGUGGGAGUUUAUGAUGCUGCAGCCUAUGUACUGACUUUGUUGCCAGACGAAACUAUUGUUGGUCAUAUUGAACAAUGUCCUACACGUGAGAGUGCGAAUUCUAUAAGGCGUCCUGUGCCAGGAGGAAAUUCUGGAUUGUGCUUUAAAAAAUUGAAUAUAACUUCACGUAACUACAAAGUUCUCAUCGAUCGAUUGGAAAGAUUGACGACAGUAAACACAAGACCCGCUCGACUUCCGUUCACAAAACUAGGCUUCCAUAUACAGGAUACUGGAGCAAUGUAUCUGAUCACAACUCCUGCUGGAGUUACAAUUCAAUGGUAUCGCAGUACAGGCAUCAUUGUGUUAGAAUUUGGUUUGCCCUCCAACAGAACUGUGGGAACUAAAGGCUUGUGUGGCUGUUGUAAUGGCAAUCCUGCUGAUGAUCUCAAGCUACCAAAUGGAACCAUUGUCACAGAAGUGGAAAAUGUAGGUCUUUUCCUUGAAAGUUGGAUGGUUGAAACAUCUGGACUGGAAACUAACUGUUUCAGAUGUCGAAAACAAAACUGCACCACUGGUAACUGUACUGCUUGCUUUGAUAUGUUGAAUCAGAAUCCUUGGACCCUGUGCCAUCAACAUGUUACUCCAGAAAUAUUUUGUGAACUGUGGAUCAGGGAUUUCCACUAUGUGACACAUCAGUGCGAUGCUUUGGCUUUAUAUGCAGCUGCUUGCAAUAAAUACAAUGUUUGCAUUCCCUGGAGGACUCCAGAAUUUUGUCCACUUAGCUGCCCCGUAGGCAUGGAGUACCAACCUUGUGUGCCAGCUUGCGAAAGUAAAACAUGCCAAAACAAAGACUUCUAUUUGGAGCACGACUCAACCUGUUCAUUUGUUAGUGAGAGUUGUGUUUGUCCUCGAGGAACUCUGCUGCAUCAACCAGACUCUAACUACUGUGUUACAGAGGAACAGUGUGCUUGCACAGAUAAUGAAGGCCAACCACGGGCAGCAGAUGAGACCUGGAAUGGAUCACAUAAAGGAUGCUGUAUGUACAAGUGCUUGGGGAAUGGAACUAUUGUUGCAGUGGAACCUGAAUGUGUUGAAGUACCAUCACCAAUCUGUGAAAGAGAAGGAGAGAUAAUUAUUGAUGUCAUUGAGGAGGGAGCCUGUUGUCCAAAGAAAAUUUGUGAGUGCAAUUUGACCAUUUGUGGAACUGAUGUUCUGACAUGUGAAAAUGGAGAUAAGUUGGUGAUAGGCUACAGUGCCAUUUCUUGUUGUCCUGAAUACCGAUGUGAAUGUGAUCCUCUGGCUUGUCCAACUAGUUCACCACCAGUAUGUAGAGAGGACCAAUUUCUUGUUGAAGUACGAAAAGAUGAUUCUUGCUGCUUUUCCUUUCAGUGUGUGUGUGAGUCGUGUAUUGACCCAAUUCCUAUAUGCAAUGAGGGAGAUGUUCUUGCAGUCGACCUCAACACCACUGAUCGCUGCUGUCCAUCAUACCAUUGUGUCUGUGAUGAAAAUUUGUGUCGUCCUCCUGACAAGAUCUGUACAGAUGGAACUAAACUAGUGAAGAAACCUGUUUCAGGAAUCUGCUGUCCUGAUUGGCAAUGUGCCUGCAACUGUGAGAACAGUACUGUUGUUUCAUGUCAGGUGGGAGAAGUUCUAACAGAGGACCUUGACUUUCAAAAUAUUUGUGGCUGUACCCGCUUUAUCUGCAAAAAGGCUGAUGUCUGCGUAUUCCAACGUGUCACUGCAUUGAAACCAGGUCAGUCCCUGGUUCAGCGCCUCGAGGAUGACCAAUGUUACAUUGCAAAUUGUUUGCAGAACACAGAUCCUGUUGCAGAGUCUCCUUUACUGCAAGUGUCUCUGGUUAGCUGUUCGGCAAAAUGUGAAUCUAAUCAAGUCUAUGUUCCUUCAUCUGAUCCUCAUGUUUGCUGUGGAACUUGUAAGAAUAUGUCGUGCACUUUUGAAGAAGAUGGAAGCAUUGCUUUGUAUAAUGCAGGAACAUCUUGGGUUACUAAAUGUGUCAGAUAUGAAUGCCUGGAAACUGCUGCUGGACUUGUGGUACUUGGCUCGGGAGUUGUUUGCCCACCAUUUAAUGAGACUGAAUGCAUACAGAAAGGAGGAGUCACAAAGCCUUACAUGGACGGUUGCUGCAAGACUUGCAAAGAAGAUACAAGGCCUUGCCGGAAGUUAGAUGUUAAAAUGAUCAUAAGGAAAGAUGACUGCCGCACAACUGGCGCUGUCAUUGUAGCUUCUUGUGAUGGCAGGUGCCCAUCUGCUAUGAUAUUCAACUCUAAUAUCAACAACUAUGCAAGAUUCUGCAAGUGUUGUCGAGAAGUUGAGCUCACAGUACAGACUGUGCCACUUUUCUGUGCUGGAAAUGCAACAUGGAUUGAUUUUACAUUUCAAGAACCAACAGACUGUUCCUGUCAAUGGAAUUAA